UUAGCCCAGCUGAGGCAGAACCAAAGUGUUCACCGCGUCUGCGCAAUGCACACCUCUGAAGACUUGGUCCAAGAGUCCAAAGUUUCGUGGAGCUGCUGGUGUCCGCUGCCCAGUAGCUUCGUGAGUCGGCUUCAGCUGUGGCCGCUGUCAGCUGGAGGCGUGCGGGGGCUGAGGUGGGAAGAAGCAGCCGCAGCAUGUACCGCCUGAGGAAGGGCCUGUACGCGGCUCUGGCCGGCGGCGUCGGCUCCUCUCUCGGUCUCCUGGGCUGCCCUCAGCUCAUGCGACUUCCCUCCUGCCCUGGCAGCUUCAGGGGGCUGCAGCAGGGAAACUGCCCCUGUCCAGGUGCUGAUACAGUGAAGCCACUCGACGGUGUGAGAAUUCUUGAUCUAACAAGGGUACUUGCAGGACCUUUCGCCACUAUGAACCUGGGAGAUCUUGGAGCUGAAGUAAUUAAAGUGGAAAAACCAGGAUCUGGAGAUGAUACCCGAUCCUGGGGACCACCAUUCGUUGGAACUGAAAGUGUUUAUUUUCUCAGUGUGAACAGAAAUAAAAAGAGUAUAGCUGUUAAUAUGAAGAAGCCCAAGGGAGCAGAGAUAAUUAAAGAGCUCGCAGCUGUCUGUGAUGUCCUUGUGGAAAACUAUGUCCCUGGAAAACUGGCUGGAAUGGGCCUGGGUUAUGAUGACAUUAACAAAGUUGCACCUCACAUUGUUUACUGCUCAAUAACAGGCUAUGGUCAGACUGGUCCAAAAUUUCAACGAGCGGGUUAUGACUCGGUUGCAGCUGCUGUUUCUGGGCUCUUGCAUAUCACAGGGCCUGAGGGUGGUGAGCCAGUUAGGCCAGGAGUAGCUAUGACUGACCUUGCCACAGGACUAUAUGCAUAUGGAGCAAUUAUGGCUGCACUUCUUCAACGACAUAAAACAGGGAAAGGAAUGCACUUGGAUUGCAAUCUGCUUUCAUCUCAGGUUGCCUGCCUUACCUAUAUAGCAAGUAAUUUCCUAAACUGCAGAACAGAAUCCAGACGGUGGGGCACUGCGCAUGCAAGUAUUGUGCCAUAUCAGGUGAGCUAAUGGUCAAAUAAGUGU